AUGUCGCCUUUUUCCGGCUUACGGGCUACUUUGACCCAAAUCUACCCUCCCAAGCCCACUUUCACGGAGGCUCACGUUCCUGCAGGCUCACUGCAGGGCAAGGUGUAUAUCGUGACAGGCGGAAAUGCCGGAAUCGGUCUGGAGCUGUCUAAGAUCCUCUAUGCUGCCGGCGCUACAAUCUACAUAGCGUCGCGUUCCAAGGACAAAGUGGAAGCCGCCAUCAAAAGCAUCACGAGCAAGUCCCCAAAGACCUCGACCAGCGGCCAACUGAAGUUUCUACACUUGGAUCUGAACGACCUGGAAAUUAUCAAAGCCGCGGCCGCCAAAUUUGCGGAGCAGGAGUCUAAACUGGAUGUGCUGUGGAACAACGCCGGCACGGGGGCCAACGCCGUGAGCCCCGGCCAACGCACCGCGCAGGACUUUGAGCCCUUCAUCGGCUUCCACUGCAUCGCGACGCUACUUUUCACCCAAAUGCUCCUGCCGCAACUACGCGCCGCCGCCGCCGCCUCUCCAGAAGGCCAAACACGCGUGAUCUGGACGUCAAGUGGGCUGGCGGAGGCUGGGUCGCCGCCCAACGGGAUCGACUGGAAGGUCAUCGACAAAGGGACCGACAAGCCGAUGCAGAACUACGGGGCGUCUAAGGCAGGAACCUGGUUCAUCAGCCGCGAAUUUGCGCGGCGGUACAAAAAGGACGGGAUUGUAAGUGUGUGCUUGAACCCAGGCUAUCUGAAGACGGCGUCCUUUGACGGGACUCCCGCGGCCGUUAUGUUUAUCAUGAACCGUGUCAUGCUCUCCGAACCUAUCUUUGGGGCUUAUACGGAACUAUUUGCGGGUUUAUCGCCCGAGGUGACGCUGGAGACCAGCGGGGCCUACAUCAUCCCCUGGGGACGGAUUCGGCCAAACACAGCCACAGGACGACAGGAUCUGAUCAAGGCGGGUGACUCUAAGGAGGAAGGUGGUUUGGGGUACGGGGAGAAGCUUUGGAACUGGUGCGAGGAACAGUGGGCGCCGUAUGUUUGA